AUGUCUCGGGCAUCCAUGCAAUCCUUUCUGGCCACAGCAAAAGCUCGUCUACAGCAGGUCGUCAAGCAGCGAGGGCGGGCCAAGCUGGUGAUUGGCAACGAAUCCGCCGAUCUGGACUCGAUCGCAUCCGCACUUGUCUAUGGAUACUUGCAAUCGUACUGUCUUCCAGACGGCGAUAGUGUGGAUAUAACGAUACCUGUUACGAACAUCCCGUCCGCCGAUCUGGCUUUGAGACCGGAGCUGACAGCAUUAUUGAAAUAUGCCAAUAUUCGUCCUUCAGAGCUGAUUACACUAGACGACUUGGGAACCACUUUCCUUUCGGCUGAACAGACUCAGUGGACGCUAGUCGACCACAAUGUUUUACAAAGCGACCUCGGUCAAAGAUAUGCUGGCCGAGUGGCAGGUGUGAUAGAUCAUCACGAUGACGAGAAGAAAGUGCCCCGGAAUGCCUCUCCAAGGAUUAUUGAAAAAUCGGGUAGUUGCAACAGCCUCAUAAUCAACCACUUCUGCAGCUCUUGGCAAAGUUCGUCGUCGUUGGCAGCUGCAGAUGCUCAGAUAGCUAAAUUGUCCCUUGGUGCUAUCCUGAUUGAUACGAUCAACAUGACCGACAGAAAUAAGGUGACCCCCCACGACGAGGAGGCUGUGCAAUAUCUUGAAGCCAAGGUAGCAACAUCUACCGCCACGGCUGACAAGCAUUACGAUCGUGAGGACUUCUACAAUGUGAUUAACGCCGCAAAGAACAACAUUGAUGACCUCAGCAUUUACGACAUCCUUCGCAAGGACUAUAAGCAGUGGACUGAUGACGAUAGUGGCUUAGUCUUGGGCACGGCAGCGAUCGUACAAAAUUUCGCUUACUUACAAAGUAAAGAUGCAGAUCUCCUAGAAGUCUGUAGCAAGUUCGCAACUGAUCGGUCCCUCGAUCUUUUGGCUGUCAUGACAGCUUCCACCUCCAAAUCUGGAGAAUUUGGUCGAGAACUCUUGUUAAUUGCAUGCAAAGAAGACGCGCCUGUCGAGGCGGCCAGACACUUCUCUGACUCGUCGAAAGAUGAAUUGCAGCUGGUUGAUCUGCAAAAUGAUUUACAUGGCCCAGAAUUUCCCUUUGUGCAUCUGUGGAAACAGGAGAACCUCGCUGCUUCGCGGAAACAAGUUGCUCCACUAUUGCGAGAGGCGAUGAGCAGCAGCAAUGCAGGAAGUGCUACCAACGGCAAGCUAUGA